AUGAACACCUCUCCUUGGUCGGCAAUUGUAUUAACGUGCCCAUCUCUGGAAUAUGCUUAUGCUGUUCAACGGGGUAGGCUUUUGAAAUUAUGAAUUUAUACAUCAGUAUACUCGUGUCUGUAUACCCGUUGUCUUGUUUAUACUGCUUGUAAUAAUAUACUGCUUUAAUCUGCUAUUGAGUGCGAUGGUCUAUUUAUUAAGAUGAAUCUAUGAACACUUGACGAACUUCAAUACGUAAAUAUAUUCCCGCACUGUAGCGUCUCAUCUCGAAAUUCGAUCCGGUUGAAAUACGACCGUUUGCCACGUUUAAUAAUUUACGUCAUAAAGCACAAUUAUUUUUCCGGAGUUUGUUGUUCAUUUUCAUAUAUUGGGAAUAAUAUUGUUAUAGGUAUUACUAUACUGUAUUGAAACGUAUUACACCUUCUGAGACCUCUGCCAGCAGGGAAAAUUUAAUACGCCUGACUUGGCUAUCAGUUUAUACUUCAAUGUUUGACGCAGGUGGUUUAGUUACUUCAUCUUUAUAAUUGUGAAUGGGAGAAGCAGUUACUUUUUUGAUAAAAUAGAUCCAAGUUGACCAUACAAUUAUGCAGUUUACUGCUAUUGUUGUUACUUGUCCAGAUAUAAACCAAGCACAUGCGGUUCAAAGAGGUAAGGGAAUACUAUGCUAUAAAUAAUAUAACAUUUAUAUAUUGGAUGAAUAAUAAUUGUUUGGCAUUGUAGUGAGUUUUUUUUGGCAAUUCAAGAUACAUUUAUGAAUUCCCAGUUGUUUUGACCAAUCCUAUCAUAACAAAAGACGAGUAUUAAUUUAUAGUAAGAAAAUAUAAACUAAAAAUAUUAUAGUUAUAUAUAUUAAUAAUUAAUCAGAAUGAUGUGCUAUUCACAUUUGGUAAUAAUUUCCUCUUAUAAAGAAUACUACAUAAGGCCACAUAAAAAAAAAAUAGUUGGUUAGCGUCCCCGACUGCCCACAAAAAGGGCCCCGCUCAGGAUUUUUUUUUAUUUUUUAUUUAAAAGAAAAACUUUUAUUGAUCAACGGGCUCUAAUGUAUGUAGUAUUUCUGUUGACUGUAGUCAAUUGUGUUAAUAAUUUGCGAAAUUGCGUGCGAAAAUGACGGUAUGAAUCAUAUUUUGAAAUAUAUAAAAAAAAUAUCUGUACUGCACAAGAAAAUCCAGUUUCGGACCUAACAGUGAGUAAACCAAGGCGUUAAAAAUUAGUAAAAAUUUUAAAAAAAAAGCGCCCGCCCACUUUUUGGCAAAAGCUAAGGACGCUAACCAACUUUUUUAUGUGGCCUAAGUAACAAAAGUUCAACAUAUAUUUUCCUGAAGAUGCUGUGCUGAGUGGUUAUAUUACUGUUAUUACUACCUGAAAUAAACAAGCAGAAACUUGACGUUUCAAGCGAAGGCCCUUCGUCACAUUUUGGGGUAAAUGUUGACUAUUUGCACGCAAAACAUUUCACUGUAGAUACUGUGUUUAACGUUGCUUCGCUAAAAUUAUAGUGAAAAUUGGAUUAAUAAAUAUUUUUGGCAUGUAAAUAGUCCAAAUAAGUAAUGAAAUCUCUGAACCUCUAUCUUGGAUUCCCGUCGUCCUACCUGCGUCCUACCUGCAUUACGUCAUCUCAUUUCUUAUUUUUUUUGUGCGCGGACCUAGACUAAAAAUUGUUUGUCUGCGCAAUUUUCAAAAUUUAUAUGCGCAUAUUUUUGGCGAACGAUCUGUCUCCUUUGUGCAUUUUGCAAACUUUCCAGUCUGGUAGUGUAAUACCUAUUGAGUGACCGUGCUCUCCCCUUGACAAGUAAAAUCAUUUGAUAAAAUAAAGUAGAGCACAUCAGGACACAUUGCCAUUAUAUAAGAAUUACUACUUUUCCUUUUACUCUAUCCAAGAUGAUAAAAUUAAUGCUUUCCUGUAGGCAGUUGCGAUAUUGAAAAAAAUCGAUAUAUAUCGAUAUCGAAAAAUAAUAUCGACUAUAUCGAAUUAUGCAAAUGAGAAAACGUAAUUUAGUCAACUUGCAUGUAUUACGCAUCACAAACAGUUAAAAAGAAGUGCAUGAAACCAGUCAUGGUACGUCUCAAAAUUUAUUAACAACGGUUUAUUUGUCAUCUCCAACUCAGCUUUUAAUUUCAAUUGCACACGCACUUGUAUCAUAAAUUUGCAAUUGCCGCCAUACACACGUUGUCUAAACUUCACCAAUGAAAACAAUAAUUGCAGAAUAAUCAGAGAUUAAUUAAGUUGUUUAGUUACAACUUUCAAUAUUUUCGAUAUGCGAAAAAUUGAAUAUCGAAUAUCGAUAUUUUUGGAAUAUAAAUAUUUAUCGAAAAUAUCGAUAUAUGGCAACUGCCUACUUUCCUGAAAAUUAAAGAAAUAUCACUGUACCUUACAUAGAACUUGACCUUUAUCAGUCGAAAGGAAAGAUACCUGCAGAUGCGCUAUUGCUCGCAAUUGAUGACCCAAAGCCUGGAAUUGGUAGUGGCAGCGCAACACUGAAUGCCUUGCUUGUUGUCACAGAACAUUUGAGCGCCAGGGCAGGCUACACGGUAUGUCUUUUUGAAACUACUGUCUUUAUAUCAGCUAGGGGUCUGGAAUUCGGGUAUCCAAAUUUGGGAUUUGGCUUACAGUGUCCUUUCUACAACGGUCUGCAUAUUAACCAAUAUUUAUAGUCAUGUAUUCAUUCAUUAAAUUUUGUGUAGGUUGUUGAAGCCCAGGUUUUAAAAAAUGCAAGAAUUCUUAUACUACAUAUGGUGAGCAAAAUUAUUCAUAAUAUUCUAAAACAUUAUAACUACUUUUAAUUAGAUGCUAUAGCCAUCCCUGAUGAUUGAGUUUAGUUUUAUUGUAUAGGAACAAAUAGAUUCAAUAUGAAUUAAUUAUAUAUUACAGGGCCAUUAUUUUCCAUUUUCAUCAGUUGGCAGAGGGUUUACAGCCUUGCCUUGCAUGCGAUAUGACUCAAGUUAUGCCGCGGUUCCAGAGAAUUUUGCUUCAAAUCUUGAAAACUUGUUGGUCACUUUAACUUUAAUU